GGCAACCACUCCAACCCAACCCCUCCCCUCCCCCUUCUCCUGCUACCAUCCUUUUUCUCUCUGAGACAUAUCACAAACACUUUUACCAUUUACCAUCCAAUACACUCUGCCUCUCGCCACCACCAUGGCUAGACCCCAACAGCGAUUCCGCGGAGUUCGUCAGCGCCAUUGGGGCUCUUGGGUAUCCGAGAUACGCCACCCUUCACUGAAGACCAGAAUAUGGCUAGGCACAUUCGAGACAGCGGAGGAUGCUGCACGAGCCUAUGACGAAGCUGCCAGGCUUCUGUGUGGACCAAGAGCGCGAACAAACUUCGCUUACAAUGCCAAUGAAUCUCAUUCAUCUUCAACCAAGCUACUCUCUGCUACUUUGACAGCCAAACUACAAAAAUGUCACUUGACAUCUCAACAGAUGACCAAGAAACCUGUACUUGACGACACCCAAUAUGCCCAAUCUUCCCAUGUUGCCACAGGCAAUAGCAGCAUUGCAGGAGAAAAUGGCAAAAUGGAUAUCGGAUCACAGUGGAAUUGGGAAGGCAAUGAAGUUAAAGUAGAGAUUGGCCAACAAUUCCAGCCUCUUGAGGAUGAUCACAUAGAGCAGAUGAUAGAGGAGUUGCUUCAUUAUGGUUCUAUUGAGCUCUGCUCUGUUGUGCAGAACUAAGCUAUGUAGUGCAGCAUUUUCUCUUUCCUAGCAACUCCAUGACAAUGUUUCAAGUGUCAUAGUUACCAUUAUUGUAAUAUAUAAAUUAUAAUAAAGCUAAUUAGUACA